AUUCUCCUCAAGUGCUUCAUCAGUGGUGUUUGUUUCAUAUCCUGUCAUCUCAAAUGAAAUUAGCAUCGUGUCUGUCUGCCUUCAAAAAUGGAAAACACUACAGCGAAACAUGCAGCCAUCAACAAUGCAGGUGACAUCAGCGUGAUCAUUGGCUACUUUUUGGUGGUUAUUGCAGUAGGAAUUUGGUCUUCAUUUAGGACUAAUCGUGGCACAGUAGGCGGCUACUUUCUUGCAGGUCGGACCAUGGUGUGGUGGCCUGUGGGAACGUCUCUUUUUGCGAGCAACAUUGGCAGUGGUCAUUUUGUUGGCCUUGCAGGAACAGCGGCUGCAAGUGGAAUAGCUGUUGGGGGUUUUGAAUGGAACGCAUUAUUUAUUGUUUUGCUGUUGGGCUGGGUGUUCGUCCCUAUUUAUUUGACCGCAGGGGUGAUUACAAUGCCACAAUACCUCAAGAAAAGAUUUGGAGGGUCUAGAAUUAGCUUGUAUCUCUCUGUCAUUUCACUUUUCCUUUACAUCUUCACAAAGAUUUCUGUUGACAUGUUCUCAGGAGCGGUUUUCAUACAGCAGGCUCUCGGCUGGAAUAUCUAUGUUGCAGUGAUUGCUCUGCUCUGCAUAACAGCACUCUAUACUAUCACAGGAGGACUGGCUGCGCUGAUGUAUACAGAUACUGUCCAGACCUUUGUUAUCAUUGCUGGAGCCUUUGUCCUCAUGGGAUUCUCCUUCCAUGAAGUUGGAGGUUACAAUGCUUUACUGGAAAAGUAUAAUUUAUCUUUACCAACUCAGAGGAUUUCCCUACACCCUCUGGAAUAUAAUAUUUCUGAACAUUGUUACACUCCACGAGAGGAUGCCUUUCACUUGCUUAGGGAUCCCAUUACUGGGGACCUGCCAUGGCCGGGUGUGUUAUUUGGCAUCGCAAUUGUUGGUAGCUGGUACUGGUGUACUGAUCAGGUAAUUGUCCAGCGCUGUUUGGCUGCCCGCAGUCUGACACAUGUAAAGGCAGGAUGCAUAUUGUGUGGUUAUCUGAAACUGCUCCCUAUGUUUCUCAUGGUGUUUCCAGGCAUGAUCAGCAGAGUGCUUUACCCUAAUGAAGUAGCUUGUGUGGAGCCAAGCAUCUGUAACGAAGUGUGUGGCACAGGAGUUGGCUGCUCCAACAUUGCCUACCCCAAACUAGUGGUUUCUGUAAUGCCAACAGGUCUCCGAGGUUUAAUGCUGGCAGUGAUGUUAGCAGCUCUCAUGAGCUCACUAGCAUCUAUCUUCAACAGCAGCAGCACCUUGUUCACCAUGGACAUUUGGACUCGUAUCCGGCCUCAAGCUAGAGAUAAAGAGCUUAUGGUUGUUGGAAGGGUGUGGAUACUCUGCAUUGUCGCCAUUAGCAUUUGCUGGAUCCCAGUUGUCCAGGCAGCCCAGAGUGGUCAGCUAUUUGAUUAUAUUCAAUCUGUGACUAGUUACUUAGCUCCACCAAUUGCAGCGGUCUUCUGCCUUGCUGUUUUUGUGAAGAGAGUCAAUGAGUCAGGGGCUUUCUGGGGCCUGAUGGGAGGACUGGUUAUCGGUCUGUGUCGCAUGGUACCCGAAUUUGUAUAUGGCUCUGGAAACUGCAUCUAUCCAUCCAAAUGCCCAAAAAGUAUAUGUGGAGUCCAUUACCUUUACUUUGCAGUGCUGCUCUUCUUCUGCACCACUAUUCUAGUGCUGUUUGUAAGCUACAACACCCCACCCAUUGAGGACAAACAUCUCCAUCGCCUUGUCUUUUCCAUGCGCUAUUCUAAAGAAGAAAGGGUCGAUCUGGACUGGGAAGAGGAGGAACGGGGAAGGAAAGCACGAAGAGGGGCAGAUGAAAAGGAAAAGGCCGAAACUGAUGAGAAUCAAAUUGAACAUGGUGACCGAUCCAUAAUGAUGAAGAUUAUCGGCUGGAUUUGUGGCAUAAGUGAUGCUCAGGCUCCAGAGCCUACAGAGGAGGAAGUGGCAGAAGCAUCAAAACAAUUACCUGACAUAAGUGAAGACCCACUUUGGAAGAACAUAGUCAAUGCUAAUGGGCUAAUAAUGAUGACUGUGGCUGUUUAUUGUUGGGGUUACUAUGCAUGAGAGGAAAAUACUGACUAUGAGGCAUAAAUUGGUGUUUUCCUACCUUACAGGUUCUUAGAGUCUCCCUAAUCAAAAACAAAUGAUUCAACUCAUCAGUUUGUUACUAGAGAUAGCUGAAAUGAGUGCCAGAUAAGGAAAACAUCUAAAGUCUGUCCUCUAGGACCAGGGUUGGGAAACACUGAUUUAAAUCUUUGAAUUUUCACAAGUCUACAGAAUCUGGUAUUGACUAACAUCUACCUGAUACAAUGUGUGAAAACAGUACUUUAAAUGGAUCACUGAAAAUGCAAUAAAAUCAUCGUUCAAUUAAAAAAGA